AUGGCAAAGAUGAUCCUCUAUGACUUUAUAGAGAGUAGAUGUGCAGCAGCAUCAAGAUACAUGAUGGAUACACAACUAGAAAAGCUUACUAAGGAAGUGUCAGUUAGUGCACCAAAUGAUAUAGAAUAUAUAACAAAAAGUUUAACGAUAAAAGAUUUAGACAAGAUUACAAACUCGGAAUUAAUU